CCAAUCCCUCCGCCGCUCCCCUCUCCUCCUCUUCCUUUCCUCGGCCUCCAUACGAGAGCUUUGAGCUCCAUUGAUUGUCGCUCCCUAUCUCUACGUUGAAUUGCACCCUGUCCUUCCUUUCAUUCUCUUCUACCAUCCCCCUUAUUCAUGCCUUGAUCGGUUGAAUCGUUAUACACUUCGCGACACGCAUUCGUGAUGAAUGGCUUCGCAUCGCACGGCCUCGACGAGGAUGCAUUCGGGGAGAAGUCUGGGCUGCAGGGCGGCCUGAAGACAUUUGAUGCUUUUCCCAAGACAAAACCCUCAUACACGGCCCCAUCCCGCCGUGGAGGACAAUGGACUGUCCUCAUUCUCGUCAUCUGCACAGUCUUCACCUUCUCAGAAUUCCGCACCUGGCUCCACGGCUCCGAGAACCACCACUUCAGCGUCGAAAAGGGUGUCGGCCAUGACCUGCAACUGAACCUUGAUCUCGUUGUUCGUAUGCCCUGCGACACCCUCGAUGUCAACAUUCAAGAUGCCUCCGGCGACCGCAUUCUCGCCGGCGACCUGCUCCAACGCGAACGCACCAGCUGGAAGCUCUGGAUGGACAAGCGCAACCGCGAAACCUCCGGCGGCGUCCACGAAUACCAAACCCUCAGCCAAGAAGACACGGACCGGAUUUCUGCGCGCGAAGCCGAUGCACAUGUCCACCAUGUCCUCGGCGAAGUGAGGAAGAACCCGCGCCGGAAGUUUGCCAAGGGACCCAGACUGAGGCGCGGCGAUACAGUCGACUCAUGUCGCAUCUACGGCAGCUUGGAGGGCAACAAGGUCCAAGGUGACUUCCACAUUACGGCUCGUGGGCAUGGAUAUAGGAACUUUGGAGAACAUUUGGACCAUGGAGUCUUCAACUUCUCCCACAUGGUCACCGAACUCUCCUUCGGCCCCCACUACCCUACUCUCCUCAACCCGCUCGAUAAAACCAUCGCCACCACUGAAACCCACUACUACAAGUACCAAUACUUCCUCUCCGUCGUCCCCACCCUCUACUCCAAGGGCGCCAGCGCCCUCGACACCUACACCAACCACCCGGAUCUCAUCGCCACCAACCGGAACAGGAACCUCGUCUUUACGAACCAAUACGCUGCCACCACCCAAGCCACCGAGCUGCCUGAGAACCCUUACUUCAUCCCCGGUAUCUUCUUCAAGUAUAACAUCGAGCCGAUCCUAUUGAUGAUCAGCGAGGAGCGGACGAGCUUCCUCUCGCUGCUGAUCAGACUCGUCAAUACCGUCUCGGGCGUCAUGGUCACGGGCGGUUGGGUGUAUCAGAUCUCCGGGUGGGUUGGAGAACUGGUGAACCGGAAACGCGGCAGAGGGAAGUCGGAGGGUGUGCUUACGGGGAAGCACUAUGCGGAGGAUUAGAUCAUCCUCAUUGUCAUUAUUGUUAUUAGCAUUAUCAUCUUCUGUCUAUGCCUAUGUUCUUGUCUCGGGUGUACAUCUCUUGUGACUACA